UGGGUGGGACAUCCAUGUGUCGUCAGUGGCUUUAGCUAGUUAGGUUACAGAGCAUACUGUCAAAUAGUUGCAAUCAUUAGUUACAUUUACAUUAUUUCUGCUUUGAGUUUUGUAACAGUAGCCCCGCCGCCAUGAUGGACUCCCUGCUCUCCAGGCUUUUCUCCUCGGAAAAGGAGGAGCUGUACAUUUUAGACUGCAUGGCUUACUGUAUGGUUUUCAUGGCAGCCUGCACUUUUGUUACUUUGCUUUUCGAAAAUGUCCCGUACGGCCGAUAUGCUAGCAGCAAAUAUGGAUUCCCAGUUGAUGCCAGGUUUGCGUGGUUCGUCCAGGAGCUGCCUGCGUUCCUGGUGCCAGUGUGCCUGCUGGUAUGGACGUCCUGUGCGAAGACCUCGCUGCUGCCCAACCAGCUGCUCAUUGCUAUGUAUUUGUGCCACUACGUUCAGAGAUCCCUCAUUUAUCCAUUUUUAAUCAGAGGAGGUAAAGCGACACCAUUCGCCUCAUUUGCCCUGGCCAUUGUUUUCUGCAUCUAUAAUGGCUACAUGCAGAUCAGGUACCUGAGCCAUUAUGCUGAGUACCCUGCACACUGGGUUACACAUCCAUGCUUCAUCGCAGGGUCUGUUCUGUGGUUGGUCGGUUGGCUGGUGAAUGUGCACUCUGACCACAUCCUGAGGAACCUGAGAAAGCCCGGAGAGACUGGUUACAAGAUUCCCACAGGCGGAAUGUUUGAGUAUGUGUCUGGAGCCAACUUCUUAGGAGAGAUAACAGAGUGGGCAGGCUUCGCUCUGGCUGGCCACUCUGUUCACAGUUCAGCUUUCGCCAUCUUCACCACAGUGGUCCUCGCCAGCAGGGCUGUGGCCCACCACAAAUGGUAUCUCGCUAAGUUUGAAGACUACCCGAAAAGUAGGAAGGCCCUGAUUCCCUUUCUGUUCUAAAAACACUGUGGGUACUGGAAGCCUGAAAAUGUGCUGGUUCUUACACAAGAUACCCAUCAUCCUUUCUUAUAAUUUAGGACAGCUCUGAUGUCAGAACAGGACAAAUGAAACACAGGUUGCACGCUUGUAAACAAUCUCAUCUGAGCUGCAAGCAAGCCACAGUAAAAAGCCAUCAUCCUCAGAAGAUUUUCACCUAUUACCUUUGGAAUAAUGUCCAUGAAGCACAAAGUAACCUCAGCAACCGGGAACUGAAUGUACUGGAAGACUUGUGUUUGCCGGAGAGGCAACAUUUAGCGCUCCUCUGGAGGAAAUAAGAUAGUGAAUGGAGCAUACCUCAACACUAAUACAGUGGAUUUAUAACACUCUGCUGCAGCAAUAAACAGUUUUAAGACCCUACGCUGAUCUGCAUAUCCUCCCAGAUGGAACAUAAACUUGGAGAUGCAAAGCAGACAUUUAAACUGUUCAUUCAUACUCAAGAGUCAUCGGUUGCAAUUGCAUCUUUUUUAUCUUCCAUUCAAACCCAUUAGAUAAAAGGGGGACCAUGAAUUGAGUCCUGUCUCAUUUUGCUGUGUGUGUCAUCAAAAAGACUUUUCUACUUCAUCUGAAACUCAUGAAAGAGAAACCACUUCAGAACAAACGGUUACUGCAUCUGUCCUGUAAAGACAGAGGCUGUAGCAGGCCGGUUCCACAGCUACUGGGCUGCAGGGAAAUCAAAUGGAGAUGAAGCACGGCCCUCAAGAACUCAGCCAUGCCUGAAAUGAGAAGAAGAGAGCGUUGCCUCAGCACAUCACCCCUGGCAGGGUGUCUGAGAAAGAGAGAGAAGAAGAAGAAGUGAAGGAAUGAAAGGGAAAAGUAUUGCAGAGCACGUUGAGCAUAAAUGACAGUGAAUGGACGAGGCUGCGUGUGAUUGAAUGAAAGACAGCAAAGGGAAGAAAAAGGAACAUCGGUAUCGUUAUUGAUUCAUAAUCACUUCAACCAUGAGCUAAAUAAUCUAUUAGUGUGAGUUCUGACUUUUUCAGGAACCGUGUCUUGCUUUGUAAUUAUAUGAUCUGCCUUUUUCAAUUUCUGUAUUUUUUUCUCAAAGUGGGCUUAGUUGGUGGGAUUACCUCAUCACUUUUUCACAACUUAAGUUCAAAUGCAAGUGAAAAUGACAUUGGCUGACGACACAGGUUGCAUUGAACUUUAAACUGAAGCUUUUCACAAGGAGAGCACAGAAAGUGCCAGCUUUGUUUAACUUCUAUCCCUCUCCCAGUCGAGGACAGUUUCCAAAACCAGUCACAGCCAAGGUCACAUCAUUUAUGAAUUUUCCAAAUGUGUUGUAUUUAAAAUAAAUGUAUUUUGUCAUUGAUUUUACACAUGGUUUCAUCAAUAAAUAAUAGGACCACUA